AUGUCCGAAAGUAUAUCACUGUCUCGUGAUUUAAAAAAACGACAUAGAAGUACAAGCAAAGAAAGAGAACAUCGUUAUCAUCGAUCACAUCAUGAUGAACAUGAAACAAAACAUCGACAUUCAUCAUCUAAACGAUCACAAUCACCUGAUUCAAAACAUAAAAAAAUUGAUGAAACUUAUAAAGUAAAAAAACAAAAUGAUAAUAAUGAUAUUUUAGAACGAAAUUCAACAGUUAAUAAAACGACAACAACAAUGACAAAUUAUAGUAAACUUUAUGAAACAAAUUCCUCAAAACGUGUACCAUUCUCACUAGAAGCAAUGCUUGAAAAAAAUAAAAAAGAACAAGAAGCAACCGCAAAGCCCAAAUUUGUAACUAAACAAGAACGUGAAGCUACAGCAUUACAGCGACGACAAGACGAAGUGGAAGUAGUGCGUCAACGCAAUGAAGAAUUGCUUAAAAAACAUGAUACAUUCGGUAAAGAAGCUCAACGAACUGUUGUAAAAGAUGAUCAAGGACGCGAUCGAUAUCGACAUGAAAAAGUUGUUCACAGAGAUCGAUCAAGUAGCUCAAUUCAUCGUUUAAAUGAUCGAAAAUUUGUUUUUGAUUGGGACGAUAAGGAAGAUACAGCCGUUGAUUAUAAUCCAGUCUAUAAAGAAAAACAUCCAAUACAAAGCUUUGGUCGUGGUCGUGCAGAAGAUAUUGAUACUGAUAAACAAGAAGAAGAAGAUCGAGUAGCAAGCCCUUUGCUAUCUUUUCGAGAAAAAGAUGAAAACAAUCGUUAUGAUGAACGUCAUUGGUCUGAGAAGAAUUUGAAAGAAAUGACUGAACGAGAUUGGCGUAUCUUUAAAGAAGAUUAUGAUAUAACAACAAAAGGUGGAAAUAUUCCACAUCCAAUACGAUCAUGGAAUGAAGCUGGACUUCAACAAGACAUUCUUGACGUUAUUAAAACCUGUGGUUAUAAGGUAAUUUUAAUUUUCUAA